ACAGGCAGGACCGACUCCAGUGUGAGGAUGGCUGUGACUUUGGAAGGAGCGCCGCGUCUGGGCUGGAUCCUGGUGAAAGCCCUGCUGAGAUUCGCCUUCAUGGUCGCCAACAACCUGGUUGCUAUUCCAUCCUACAUCUGCUAUUUAAUUCUGCUGCAGCCCCUGCGCGUGCUGGACAGUAAGCGGUUCUGGUGUAUUGAAGGAAUCAUGUACAAAUGGCUUUUAGGAAUGGUGGCUUCCUGGGGAUGGCAUGCUGGAUACACAGUGGUGGAAUGGGGGGAAGAUGUUAAAUCAGUUUCGAAAGAUGAAGCCGUGAUGUUGGUGAACCAUCAGUCCACGGGAGAUGUGUGCACGCUGAUGAUGUGCCUGCAGGACAAGGGAUUGGUUGUUGCUCAAAUGAUGUGGUUGAUGGAUCAUAUUUUUAAGUAUACAAACUUUGGAAUUGUUUCUCUAAUUCAUGGAGACUUCUUUAUAAGGCAGGGAAAAUCUCAUCGUGACCAACAGCUAGUGCUUCUCAAGAAGCACCUAGAAAAUAAUUACAGAAGCAGAGAUCGAAAAUGGAUUGUUUUGUUUCCGGAAGGGGGCUUCCUCAGGAAGCGGAGAGAAACAAGUCAGGCAUUUGCCAAGAAAAACAACUUGCCAUUUCUUAAACAUGUUACCUUGCCAAGGGUUGGGGCAACACAAAUUAUUUUGAGUGCACUUGUAGCACGACAGGAAAAUGGAAGUCCAGCAGGAGGAGAUGCUAAAGAACUAGAGAGCAAAUCAGAAGGCCUCCAGUGGAUAAUAGAUACAACCAUAGCUUAUCCCAAAGGUGAGCUGUUAGAUAUUCAAACCUGGAUCCUUGGAUACAGGAAACCAACAGUCACACAUGUACAUUACAGGAUUUUUCCAAUUAAGGAUGUUCCCCUGGAGACGGAUGGCCUUACCAAUUGGCUCUAUCAGCGGUUCAUUGAAAAAGAGGACCUCUUAGCCCAUUUUUAUGAGACAGGAGCCUUUCCACCUCCCAAGGGCCAUAAGGAAGCUGUUUCCCGGGAGAUGACCCUCAGCAACGCGUGGAUAUUCUUCAUACAGUCGUUCGCGUUUUUGUCAGGCUAUAUGUGGUACAGCAUCAUUCAGUAUUUUUACCAUUGCCUGUUUUAGAUAUUGACUCAGACUUGUCAUAGGAGUGCAGACUUCCGUAAGUGUGCAUUAUUUACAUGUGCAAAUCAGAAUAUAUAAAAAAAGCAAAGGAAAUUCAAUGGAUGAAUUACUAUUUAUCCCCCUUUGGGAUAUUUUAAAACUCUGCUAAAAUGAGGAUCAGUAAUAUAAUGACCUGCUAAUAUAUUUUAAGAACUUCAUGUCUUAAAGCGAUACACUCUACCAUAUAUUUAAGCAAAUAUCACAUCUGGAGAAGCAGAAAUCAUAAAACUGUCUUCGAAGACUGAAAGAAACUCUGUGGCCACCAGCUGCCCUUGGUCAUUGGGUUCCAGCGCAGGGGUCUUGUCCACCCCCCCCCAGGUAGCAGUCUCUAGAGCUGGGCUCUGUGGGGCCUGCCCACAGCCACCUGUGCCAUCGCUGUCACAGUGAGCAGAGCCGGGGCACCUGCAGAAGAAUGGAUUCAAACUCAGGCCCCAGCCCUGGGCUGAGGAACGCUGUGGGCCUUCUGUGGGGGUGCGGCUGUCUCCACCGCUCUCCUCCUGGCACAGGCCGUGUUCGCAGAACCAGUGCGGCCCAGCACCGUGUUUACAUGUGCUAGUGCUUUCCCGUGCUUGGGGCAGAGGGCCCUUUUCCUCCUUUUGUGUGGAAGGCAUAUCAUAGAUUGAUCAUUGUAUUUUACAAAAUGCACUUUUAUAGAUGCAGAUAUAGCCAAGGAUAGUAACAUACCCUGAAAACACAAGCGAGCCUCAGCAGCAAGCCAGCUCCCAGAGGCUUCCCUGUCUCUGCCCACUCAUCCGCGGGUGCUUCUGGUGCAACCCUGCCCUGCACCCCUCCUGUCACAAUGCCUCAUUCGUAGCUCGAGCCCUCUCCCCAUUUUGACAUAGCACUAAAUGCACUUGGGGAUGGUUGACAAAGAUAAUGCAAAACAUUUACAUGAUCAGCUUACAGAGAAUAGACUAGUUUAUUAGGAAACUAAGAGCUAGAGCCAAACAUUGGCCUGGAGCAGUGACGGGUUCUCACACCACAGCCGCAGACCAUGGUCAGUCCCGUGUGCCGUCACUGCAUCCGUGCCUGCCCCUCCACACGGGCGUAGUCAGGAGAGGGAGAGAGCAGCACAGGGGUUUCUGGCCUCAGGCAGCUGCUGGUGAAGAGGAUAAAGUCAGACUUCGGUUCUUUCCAGGAAACCUUUUCUUUAUUUGUCACUAUGUUCAUCUGAUUUACCUCACAGGAGAACCAAACUCCUAGAAAGUGCUGGCACUGUGUUAGUGUUGAGAUCGAAGAUGUCUUUUGGCUGAGGAUCGAAGCUGUCCAGAUCCCCGUCAGUGGUAGUUUUAAGAGCACUGUAGACCCCCGUGUUGUCACUAAUCUCACAAAUAAUUCUGAGCAGUAGGCUGUGAAACAAAACAGGCUAAUGCUUUCUGUUUUCAGAUAAACCAAAAACACUGAAGAGAUGUGAAUUUUCCCUGGUUAUGUGGGAAAGGUGGAGCAACACCAAAUAUAAAAGCCCACAGCAGCUUCAUCUUUAGGGUAACUCGGAGUGUACAUGGAACAGCAGGAUGUGUCAACUGAAAUACCUCAAGGAAUAUUUACUGCUGCUAAACUGCAGCGACAGUGUUAAUAGGAAUGGCUUGGGAGCAGUUGUUAUAGAAUGCAAUGGUUUUGAAACCUGAGUAAUUGGUCAUGUGUUCUGCAGUGACAGUACGUGAAGCCAGUCUCAGCAGAGAUAGAAAGCCAAAGAGAAGCUGUCCCACACUUCUGUUUGAGGCUGGCGAACACCAGUCAGUUUCAGGAUGAGUUGGAAAUGUUCAUUGGAGGCAUUAGUCAGCCAUCUGGGGAGAAGUUGCUCCCUGCCAAGUAAGCAUGCACAGUCCUAGCUACUGGGCCAGGCCUCAUCGUGAAGCCAGACACAGGCAGAGUGGGCACUCCUAUCCCAGAAAACACACGCAUGUGCACGUACAGGUGGCUGGCCACUUUGCCAUUGCUGUGCUCCAUAAGAAUGUGACAUUGCGGAGUCCACUGUGUGCAUUAAACUCUCCUGUAAGAUGCUUUACUUCUCCAGUGCCGUGUCCUUUCCGUAGUCUCCAGAGUGACCAAUACCUACACCUGUGAGUUGGUUUUUGAACAUGGAUCUGUGAGUUGUAAACAGAUGUGUAUUUGUUUUGUUUGUUUUCAGUUUUUUUCAGAUGUGUAUUUGAUCUGCCUGCCCCUCUUUCAUUCUUUCUGAACAUGUUCUGUCUCUUCAGUUUGCAAAACGUGUUACUUGAGAACAUUGGUCAUGCUUUCCUGAUCAGGAACUGGAGUUCAUCCUCUUGCACUGGGGAAUGUGGAAGGAGAGGAUCAGUGUUCUGUUGUGGCUGUUGGGGAGGGGGCAGCAAGAUGCCACUGUGCAGAGCUGAAUAAAAUUCCUGUCUGUACUUUCUUUAUAAAGACAGACGGAAGAGGUUUUACAUCUUGCCAAGGUUAAUGAAGAGAAAACUGUCCCCAGUUUGCAGAGGUGGCUGGUUUAGGAUUUCAGCACUUCUCUGGCCCAGCUGGGCAGCAUGGGUUGGGCACUAGCUGCUGGAGUCCUGGUGUCAGCAAGUGAUGGUGUUUGAGCACUUGCUCAGCCACAAGCAGGCCCAGUGACUGUAAAAGUGACCAAAGUAGCAGCUCACCCUUAGCUUAGAAAGAGUUGUUGGUGUUGAGAUGCACGUGUAACAGGGACACCCACAAGCAAUGGAAGAAAAACCAGAGUGGGAAAUGAUGUUUGGGGGACAAACAAGGCAGUUGAGAAUUUAAAAAGGUAGCUGUGAGUUCAUAUCUAUCAUAUUAUUAAAUAGUUAUGGAUAUUACAACCAGUACUUAAUUUUCCGUGGUGAAGGAACUAGGGAUUAUGGUGUAAUUAUUUACUUGACAAAUGGAGACUAAGUCAUAGGGAAGCCAAAAAUUCACUUCUGUGUAGGAGUUUGAAUUUCUUCUCUCAUCAAACAUUUUUUCUUUCUAGAAGGAUGCUUACUAAUUUAAAAAAUAAGAAUUCUUCAUUAAUUUCUUUUACCUAUGUGUUUAUGAUUGCAUUGUGGAGUAGUGAAAGGACAUGCAAACACCAAAGCCCAAGCAGUCCCUGGGCUGAAAAAGGAGUCCCUGGAUCAUCAAGAAUUGGUGGGACCAAAAUUAUUCUCGGUCUCUUGUGCAAUUGAAACCUUAGAUCCCCCACUGUCACCUCAGCAGGUCACUCUGGUGUCGUCCAUCUGGAUCGGUGUCGAGGGGGCCACUCAGUCUUCGCUCACGUUGCUCACCUCUGGUGGGUUUGUCUUGUGAUGUUCUUGACAAUCACUUCCCUAAAGACUCUUCUGAACUACUUGGUCCUGGUUAUCAUCAUAGAAAGUAGUCUUUAAUAAUGGGUAGUUUUCUUGUAUUCUUUUUAUAUUUAAAAAGAAAAUGUUUUAUUUGCACUACUGAAUAGGAAGAGUUAACUGUUCUCUUUGUUCUUUUUUUUGAAGUCACUGCACAGGACUUCAUUUCAAAGUUAUCCUUGUGUGUAUAUUCAGCUCUGGCCCACAAGGGAUAGGUAGAAAUUACAUAUGUACAUUGCCUUGCAGUGCUGUGGGCCUUCCAUCUGUAACACGCAAGGCAGAGUCUGCAGGAGCACUGGGCACCAGGUACAAUGGUUCAUUUUAUGAGAAGUAGAGAUUAAUAUGUUUGGGACCAAAACCACCUAGGUGGGAAAUUUCUCGAUCACAGAAGCAGUCAUUGGUUGGUGCUUUAUUGGAAUCAUUUCGUACCAGUCCCCAACAACUACGAGCUGGACCCUGGCAGUAUGCUGAGAAUGCCGAACUGUUGGGGAAGGGGGACUGUAGCCAUACGGAAGAUAAAAUGUGGGGUUUUCUGCAAAAUUUCCAUAUGAGGAUUUUUACAUUGAAUUUUUUAAAAAAUGCUUUAAAGAGCAAAAAAAUUUUCAGUGUAUUAUAGUUGCAAAAUAUGCACACAUUUUGAAUUGCUUUAUUUUUAUUGUGUAAAACCGUUGAUAAACGACUGUGGUGCACAAAUUCUUUACGUGUAAGGAGUCUAUGCAUUUUACAGGAACUUACUUUAUGAUUGGGUAAUGAGAUAGUUGUACAUUCAACUGCCAUUAUUUUUAUUAAGUGCUUUCAUUUUCUUUACAGUUACUAUGAAGUUGUAUUUAUUUUAUACAGAUGGGUUUUCAUUUUCCCGAUGCCGUAAUGUUUACUUCAGCUUGCUGACUUUUCUCUGUGUAUCUGCAUGUUGAACUGUGUGAUAAGAAUGAAUGUAAAGGCUGUGGCAACUGUAACCGGUAUUUGUAAAGGGCUGGUCACAUGUGGAUCUGGUUUAUGAAUGCAUUUGGGAUGAUUUUAGGAACAGGUCACCUUUUCAGAAACUGAGAUACAAACCAAAAGCAAAAAAUAGAUAGCUGGUUCUGUUAUUUUUUUUUAACUUAGAGAAAAUAAAGUUCAUUUUUUUUUAAGUACAGUGCUUUUACUUCUCCAUAACGGGGCCAGGAUGACUGUGCUGUGCAGAGCUCUUUGGGCAUUAACAGCUGGGAGCAUGGGCUUUGAGCCCCGUGCAGCGGGCUGCUGAGUGCAGCCACAGCGGCAGUGCAGAAACGCUGGACUCCUUUGUGCUCAGAAAGGUGUGCUCCCUCAUCCCCUUCCCUCCCCACCGGUGGUGUGCUGGUCGGUGCUUAGCAGCCCGCUGGCCUGGAAAAAGCUGUGUGUACAGGUGUACAUAAAGUUGUUGUACAUUUUAGUGAUAAUAAGGAUCUGUAACACAGUUAACAAAUAAUAACAUAAAUAUUUUAUUGUGAAUUCCACAUGGCCUGUUGAUUCUCCUCGGAUACCUAAUUGCUUUUUGCUGGACCUUACAGCUGACCUUUGGUUGUAUUUCAACCAUGAUUUGAAUGACAUCACCUCCUAAUCCACGAACUCAUCUCCCAGUGAACUCACUGUUAGUCUAAUAUGUGAUCUUUAAAGCUCUGUUUUUGGUGCUGGGGACUGAACCCAGGGCUUCACAUAAACUAGCUGUGCCACUGAGCUAUAUCCCCAGGCCCAAGCUCUUCUUAACCUUGUGUAAAACCACUUUUCAGCUUCAGCACUAAUUCAGGUUUAUGUAAUUUAAUAACAAUUGUUUAACAACUGCUGGAAAAUUCUAAAAUUGAACUACUGGCUCCUGGGUGCCAGCAGAAGCUAUCUCCAGCACACCACUGCCCUGGUUCAUCUUAUAGUAAGCUGUUUAACUAUCCGUGUUGAAUAAACUUCUCACAGUUAAUUUACCCAUGAGUCUGAGAAAACCCCAGUUAUUAGCCUUGGUGGGGCUUAACGCGGUGGGAAAAACAUUAAGAUCCAUCCCACCACCUGAGCUUUUGAUUUCGAAGCACUUGACAAGAACAAACUCCGGAAGUGCGAGGGGAGAGUACAAUGAAGUUGGCUUAAUGUUUCCAUCUCUCAAAGCUGAGUAACCGUGGUCUAAGCAUCACUGAGAUUUUGUUUUAUACAUGUAUUGGGUGUUUAGUUACUUGAGUGUCAAGUAUGUUUGAUCCCACUGAAAAUUUUAAAUGUGUUACUUUAUCUUGCACAGUCUGCCAAAUAAUUUAAAUAGUUAACGGUUCAGUCUACCUCUUUUUCGACCUGGACUUAGGCUGCUGUGUGGUGAGGGUCUCUUUCCCGCGGGAGGUACUUCUGUGGAGACACAAUGCGCUGGGGCUGAGGCCUGGAAGCAGUGGGAGCGCUCAGAGAUCUGUUGCUGACCAGCCCUGCUCCUCAUGAACCGGGGGAACCCACUGUUUAUAAUUUCCCCUCAGUAUGAAAAUGUAUGUUUUUAAAAUGUUUCUUCCUGCUGAAAACUGUAUUUUUAAAAGAAAAAAGAAAACCAUCUUUUGGCUCUCAGAAGUCAGCUGUAUGAGCAGGCGUGACCAUAUCAUAACAUGCUGAUACGAUAGAAAUCAAUAAAUUUUUACCUCUCAGGA